AAUAAUAGAAGGAUAAUGAGAAAGUGGCUAAUGGAGAAGCAACGUAGCACCUCCGCUUCUGCUGGGGGUACUGGUGGAUGCAAAUGGCGAGUGGUGGUGCUACCGGCGGUUCCGGUGGCGGAUUACUUUUGUUAACUAAACCUGGCACUAUAAAUCGCCGUCAAAAAACUUUGUUACCGUUGAAGAAUUCAAAUUUCUACUCGCGUUUUACUCUUCAAAAGCCAUACAUUUCUAUAAUCGCAACUAGGUACAGUCACCGAAAAGAUUCCAGUGCUAAAACUGUUUGGUCACAGAAAUUCAAAUUCAAGUUUCGAGAUAAGAAUAAAAGAACUAGAGAAAAGGACGGUUUUGAUGGACAAGAAGAAGUAGAAACUUCUAGAAGGAAGCGCAAGAAGCGGCGGUGGUGGUCCGAUAAGCCGCCAGUUAUGCAGGAAGAAGAAGCUUAUGGGAUUUUUGAAGAAUAUCUUGAUAGCCUUUGGAUUCUUGAGGUAUUCAAAUCCUAUGGCUGGGCGCUUCCACCCAUCAUCGUAUCUUGGCUCAUAGCUAGCGGCCCCAAAGCUUUCCUCAUGACAUUAGCACUCCCUCUAGGGCAAUCAGUCAUAAGUUUUGUGUUUAACAAGUUGUGGGGGAGAAUAAAAAGUAAGCCAAAACACAAGGCCAGAAAGAGGAGGAAACCAUUUGUUAGUUCUCCAAGUGAUGCUGAAAAUGAAACAGAAGAAGAAAGGCAGGAGAGUGUAAAGGGAAAAAAGGGUAUUCGGUCUUGGAUAGGUAAUGAUAAUGGUUCGAUUAAUAUAGAAAGCCAAGAGGCACCCUAUUAUGGUGGAUGGGAUGAGCUGGAUGAAAUGGAAUCCAAGCAACGCCAACCUCGAAGGGCAGGUCAGUCUCAAAGAACACUAUCAAUGAGUGGGCAAUUAGGUAAGAGAGAGAGAAAGAGCGAUGCACCCUUGCUGUUGAGAUUGUUGAUUGCUGUUUUCCCAUUUUUAGAUUCUUGGACAAAAAUGCUUUAGCCAAUAUUUAGUUUUUACCACACAAAUAUCAAGAAACUGCUCGUGUUUUAGCAAAAGUCCCAAACGGUCCCAAAUGAAUUGGCUUAUUCGAUCAAAUGUGGAGUGUUGGUUUUGAUGGAUUUUUCUUCCAAUGCUGAAGCAUGAGUUCAGGAGUCCAAAUGAGUUCUUUGUCUCUGUUUUUUCUGAGCACAUCCCAUGCCAUUGGAAUUGGACAGGUCUUGAUUAAAUAAUAGUAAACCUAAUAAUCAUAUUGGUGGCAUCUCGUCACCAUGUAGGGAUUAUUGUCAAAAUUUCCCUUA